UUUACUGUGCAGAAAUGUCCUGUAGCCCAAGAGGCUGUCUGUCUGUCUAUCUAGUUCACUUCUUCUAAACUGAUGGGCGUUCCCGUCGGGGGCAGUCGUUUUUUGGCAAACAGUCACUUUUCGGCACUACGCCGGGACGUGACAACUGUAACACCCAGCGGAAGGAAGCAAAACAAAGCUAGUGGCGUUAGCUCCCGGAAAACGGUGGGUGGAUUGUUCGUUUGUCGCAGGAUAAAUAUUCCAGUUGUCAAAGAAGCAGCGAUGUCUUCGCGUCAGUAUUUGAGACAUUUAAUCUCCGAGCGACUAACUGCUGCCGCUGAAGAAAUAUUCUCAAUCUUUGAACAAAACAUUGUCGAGUACGAGGAGGAGGUGAAUCGUCAGCGCAAACUGUUGGAGAUCUUUUGCAAACCUCGAGUGGAGUUACGGCGAAUAGAGCUUCCACAGAUUAAAGAGGAGCAGGAGGAAAUCUGCACCAGUCAUGAGGGAGAACAGCUUGAAGUCAAGCAUGAGGCUGAUUCAUUAAUGUUGACUCCUGAUAAUGAGGAAAGUGACCACAUGGAACCAGAACCAGACAGUGACCAGCAGCUCCUCUCCCACGGCUCUCCUGUAGCCGAGAGUCCAGGUCCCACAGGAAGUGACCGCGUUGACUCUGUGUCUAAUAGAAAUGCAGAGUCUGAAACUCACUCAGGUAAACCUUUUUCUUAUAACUGUGGGUUUUGUGGGAGAGGUUUUCCUUACAGGUCUCAUUUCGUGGCACACACGCGAGUCCACACGGGAGAUAAACCGUUUUCCUGCAGAACGUGUGAAAAGAGUUUCAAAACCAAACAGGAAUUGCGGAGCCAUGCGAGAAGUCACACAGGUGAGAAACCCUACAUGUGCGCUAUUUGCGGGAGUAGCUAUAUGCGCAAAGAUGACUUGAUACUCCACAUGAGAACCCACGCGGGGGAAAACCCCUUUUAUUGUGCAGCGUGUGGGAAGUGUUUCCCAGGAACUGUUGAUUUGAAGUCCCACAAAAAAACUCACACCGGUGAAAGGUCUCUCAUUUGCAACGUCUGUAAGAAUAGUUUCAAUAGUAAGCAGUCGUUAGAUAUCCACACGAGGACGCACAAGGGCGAGAGGCCGUAUUCCUGCGAGACAUGCGGACAGCGCUUUGUACAUGGACUGGCGUUGAAGAAGCACAAAACAACUCACACCGGUUAGAAGACGCCGUCUGCCAGUUCCAUAACUGCAGCUGCAGAGAAUCACCACCGAGUCACUACUGCUAUUUUACUGACGAUUGUCCUGAAGUUGUAUAUUUGUACAUUUGUAAUUGUCUGUACAGUCCUGGAAAUAAAACUCUUAUCUAUACAUUUCUUACAAAAAGUCUCUUGUCUUAUUUAUGGAGCGCGUGGCCUUUCUUUUUAGGUUUUUAUUCCUGAUUACACAGAUGAGAAAUUAUGAAACCGUAUCGCCAUAUUUCAAGCUUUCUUCGAAGGAAAGAGAUGCUACCACUUCCAAAGCUAAAUUUUUUACCAACAUUGGAAACUUGCCGAAUAUGGGUUGCCUGAUUGUCGUAACAUUUGGCUCGAAGAAAUUCUCUGGGCCUCUACUUCAAGCUGCCGUUACGCAACUUCCUUCCCAGCCUCCAGCUGAAGACGAGCAAGGCGUGUCUUGAUUUUAGCAUCCAUUCUG